CAAAAAAAAGGGGUACGGCAUUUUCUCUGCAAUUUUUGGGCGCAAUGAGGAAAGGGUUAACGGCGACUAUGAGAAAGCACAACUCCAUCAAAUCAAUAUUUGGAGCCGGAAAGAAACCCAAAAUAUCAGAUUGUGAUAAACCUCUUGAAAAUCCCAUCCCUCAGCUAUCGGCCAUUGCCAAUUCAGUGGUUUCUCGUUGUUCCAGGAUUCUUCUUCUCUCACCUGAACAACUGCAGCAACAAUUUGAGACUAAGAUUUCCGAUAAUGUCAAGAAACCUUCUUCUUAUGCUCGGAAUCUUUUAGAAUUUUGCUCCUACAGAGCACUAGGUGUACUGACUCAAUGUCCAGAUCACUUAUGUGAUAAGGAUUUCAGGCGCUUGACAUUUGAUAUGAUGCUUGCUUGGGAAGACCCUGCUAUUGGCAGUGAAUCUUUAAUCAAAGAGGCUCCACCUCGGAAGUUCCCAAGUGAUGAUGAAGAUGUGGGAUCUUUAUUUUAUUUGAAUUCCAUUAGCAUGGCAGUUCAGGUAGACAAAAAGAAAACUGUUGGGCCAGAGGCUUUCUCACGAAUUGCUCCUGCUUGUCCAGCUGUGGCAGAUAUAAUCACUGUUCACAAUCUUUUCGAUGCACUGACGAGUUCUUCCAGGGGACAACUCCAUUUUCUUGUAUAUGACAAAUACCUUGGAAGCCUUGACAAAGCAAUUAAAUAUGCAAAGAGCUUAUCAGGGCCUCCAUUGGCUUCGAGCCUUCCACUUGAAGAGGGAGAAAUCAUCCUAGAUGUUGAUGGCAAUGUUCCUAUUCAACCAGUAUUUCAACACAUAGGAAUAUCUGCAUGGCCUGGGCGCUUAACAUUGACUAAUCGCGCUUUAUACUUUGAGUCAUUGGGAGUAGGCUUAUAUGAUAAACCUGUUAAAUAUGACUUAUCAGAAGACUUGAAACAAGUGGUAAAGCCUGAUUUGACUGGACCAUUGGGUGCACGGCUCUUUGACAAGGCUGUGAUAUAUAAGUCAACAUCUGUAACAGAGCCCGUUUUGAUGGAAUUCCCUGAAUUUAAAGGUCAUUCACGACGUGACUACUGGUUGGAAAUUAUUCGAGAGGUAUUGCAUGUGAAUAGAUUUAUAAGGAAGUUCCAUCUUGAAGAUAUUCCACAUGCAGAGGCACUCUCAAAGGCAAUAUUAGGCAUUUUUCGCUUUCGUGCAGUGAAGGAAGCUUUCCAUAUCUGGCCAUCCAGUUUCAAAACACCUCUUACUUUCAACUUAGCUGAAAAACUUCCACGAGGGGAUAAAAUUUUGGAAGCCCUAUCAAAUCUCCUGGAGCUGCUUAGUACUGGAAGAUCUGAUGAUAAGAUGGAAACAUUAGAGAAUGCCACAAAGCAUUCGUCUGGUUCAUAUAAGGCAUCAUCUUUGUCAACACUGGCAAAACUUGGCUUUACACUAAUUAAGGAGAUAGAUACUUUUGAAAAGGCACCAUUUUUGGAUGGAAACAUCAUUGUUGGUGAGACUGAUACUCUUGAAUUGGCAGUGAGAAAGUCAAAAUAUGACCUAGGAAGAGCUCAGGCAGCACAUGAAACUGUAAACCAAGUGAAAGUGGAGGGGAUCGAUACUAAUUUGGCCGUAAUGAUGGAAUUACUUUUCCCUGUGACUGAAUCAGCAAAACAGAUCCACUUCUUGGUCUCAUGGGAAGACACCUUCAAGUCCACUGUGUUUCUGGUCAUAUUCUGUUAUGCCAUCUUCUGGGGCUGGAUAAAGUACUUCAUGCCUUGCAUUUUCCUUAUCCUUGCUAGUCUAAUGCUUUGGCAUAAGUAUCGGAACAAAGGGAAGCAAUUGGAAGCUUUCAAGGUUACACCUCCUCCUGCUCGGAACCCUGUAGAACAGCUUCUAUUGUUGCAGGACACUAUUUCUCAAUUUGAAGCUCUUGUCCAAGAAGGGAACAUCGUGCUCCUCAAAUUAAGAGCUCUCUUAUUCAUUGUUUAAUUGUAGGCGACAGACGAGGCUGCUCUUGUGUUGAUCAUCCUGACGAUGGUGUUUAUGUUGGUGCCCCUGAAUUCUAUCAUUAUGCUGGUAUUUCUUGAGGUUUAUACAAGAGAAAUGCCUCGGAGGAAGGCAAGCAGUGAGAAGCUGAUCCGAAGAUUGAAGGAAUGGUGGGUUAGAAUACCUGCUGCUCCUGUUCAGCUUAUUAAGCCUGAGGACGACAAGAAAAAGGAGUAACAAACUCUUGGACAACAUCCUUCACCAGUGAUCCUACAAAUCUCUCUCUCUCACCUUUUGUGUAUGCAUAUCUUAUUUUUUACCAUCAUUGCUUCUUGUAUAUCAUUGAGUUAUUGCAGCGAGUAUUAGGUUAUCAGAUUUUGGCAGUUAUAUCAGAAUUCUAAAUCCUUCCCAGAAAGCAGCUCAACUGAGAUCUCUGAGUUUUUAAAUACAGAGCGCACGCGGACUUCUCAUAAAUGCCAAAUGGAAACAAGGGAACCAAUCAUCAAAUACGAAUGACACAAGGGUGUCGUGGUACACAGGAGCUGCAGCCAAACUGCUCCCAUGGCUCUUCUUCCCACUAAUCCCAUGGCGAUGGCAAAGCAGAGUCCCAUGGCUUCCUUCUCCUUAAAGCGCCUGAGGAGGCCAGAGUCAAGGGUCCUAAGAGUUAAAGCUUUCCUCAAUCCUCUUGAAGAUCCUGUAGUCAAGGAAGCUCUCAAGCUUAUUUCAUAUACAAGAAAAUUGUGAUUUGCAUCUAAGUCCUAAGAAUUAAACAGUCCUUGGAUGUCCUUUGCUUGGGGCCAAUGCAUGCAUAUUCAGAAAUCAGAUUGGUCAUUGAAAUGUGCUGUAGAUUCUGAGAUUGAAGGUCACCAGUUGGUGCAAAAGUUGAACUCUGAGCAUGUUUGGUUUCAAACUGAGUUUUACUCCUUAGCAGUUAGGGAAACAGAUAGUACCAUAUACACAUGCUAGGCGUGGUAUAUUUUCCCGUGGGCAAAUCUAUCUACGGAGAGACAAAGAGAUUAGUGGGCAAUUCCUUGUUGCAAAACCUAUUUCCAUUCAAGAAAAACCAGAGAUCAGUGGGCAAUAUCUUGUUGCAAGACCUAUUUCGAUUCAAGAAAAACCAGAGAGAAAGAGAGAGUAGUGGGCAAUCCUGCCAAUUUAAGAAGGAAGAGAGAGAGAGAGAGAGAGAGUUGUGGCAAUUCUUCCUUGUAAAGCAUCUUAUCAUAGGUAAAACCGUCAAGCUCACAAAAGACUAGCCAUGAGAGGAGUGAUUAUUUAUACAUCCAUAAUCAGAAGAAGAUAAUUUUA